AUGGAUGCUAUAGCCAGUAGAUUUGCACCAAAGAGUGCGUUAGUGAAAGAACUUCAGUAUGAUAAUGAAGAGAAUUUAGAACAAGAUUUUAUUAAUGGUAACUCACAAUUUCAACGUAUGGCACCUAAUAUUACAAUGCCACCAAUUUCAUCACCUCAACAAUUCUUAAGAGCUCAUACUGAUGAUUCUCAAAAUCCUGAUUGUAAGAUUAAGAUUGCACAUGGUACGACAACUUUAGCAUUUAGAUUUCAAGGUGGUAUUAUUGUUGCAGUUGAUUCUCGUGCUACUGCAGGUAAUUGGGUUGCGUCACAAACAGUUAAAAAAGUUAUUGAAAUUAAUCCUUUCUUAUUAGGUACAAUGGCAGGUGGUGCCGCUGACUGUCAAUAUUGGGAGACGUGGCUAGGUACUCAAUGUAGAUUAAGUGAAUUAAAAGAAAAGGAAAGAAUAUCUGUUGCCGCUGCAUCAAAGAUUUUAAGUAAUUUAGUAUAUCAAUAUAAAGGUGCAGGUCUUUCGAUGGGUACAAUGAUUUGUGGGUAUACAAAGAAAGAAGGUCCAACUAUUUAUUACGUAGAUUCUGAUGGUACAAGACUUAAUGGUGAUUUAUUCUGUGUGGGAUCUGGUCAAACGUUUGCAUAUGGUGUUUUAGAUUCUAAUUAUAAAUGGGAUCUAACUGUGGAAGAAGCGCUAUAUUUGGGGAAAAGAUCUAUUUUAGCUGCAGCCCAUAGAGAUGCUUACUCUGGUGGUUCUAUCAAUUUAUAUCAUGUUACGGAAAAUGGUUGGGUUUAUCACGGUAAUCAUGACGUAGGGGCUACAUUCUGGGAGAUUAAAGAAAAAGAAGGUUCUUUUAAUAAUGUUGUAGGAUAG